GCGGAUGGGAAGGUCUACCCCGUGCACGGAAUAUAUUGAGAUGCAUGCAUGGUUCAAUAGCCACGAAUCGCAACAUUUAGUUUCAAAUGAACAACAGGCAAACCGAUGCCAAUACAGGUUUAGGUGAAUUUAAACGGAGAGCGCGUCAGACGGGUCGUUUUGUAACGUGGUGGUUGUUGCGUGGGGCUGUGAAACCGGUACUCGGCGUGAUUGUGGCCAAGGCUCUGCAGCAAUCUGUCAAAGGCAGAGCAAUGGCUCCCUGGCUUGUGUUGGCUCUUGUAGGACUCUGCAGUGCUUUUGGACCCAGCAAACAAGACGAGGAGGACUACGAGGACGUCCCCAUCAAUAAGACCUGGGUGCUCUCGCCCAAGGUCUACGAGAGCGACGUCACCUUGAUAUUAAAUAAACUCCUCCUAGGCUACGACAACAAACUACGACCAGAUAUUGGAGUGCGACCAACAGUCAUCGAGACGGCGGUGUACGUCAACAGCAUCGGACCGGUCGACCCCAUCAACAUGGAAUACACCAUCGACAUCUUCUUCGCCCAGACGUGGUACGACAGCCGCCUCAAGUUCAACAGCUCCAUGAAGCUGCUGAUGCUCAACAGUAACAUGGUGGGCAAGAUCUGGAUCCCUGACACCUUCUUCCGGAACUCCAGGAAAUCCGACGCCCACUGGAUCACCACUCCGAACCGUCUCCUGAGGCUAUGGAGCAAUGGCAGAGUGAUGUACACGUUGAGGUUGACUAUUAAUGCGGAGUGCUACCUUAAGCUGCAUAACUUUCCAAUGGAUGAGCACUCCUGCCCACUGGAGUUUUCGAGCUAUGGCUACCCAAAGAACGAGAUCAUGUACCGCUGGCAGAGGAGCUCGGUGGAGGUGGCUGACCAGCGCUACUGGAGACUCUACCAGUUUGCCUUCGUAGGGCUGAGGAACACGACUGAGGUGGCACACACUCAGUCAGGGGAAUACGUCAUCAUGACCAUCUUCUUCGACCUGAGUCGGAGGAUGGGAUACUUCACUAUCCAGACGUACAUACCAUGCAGUAUGAUUGUUGUCUUGUCUUGGGUGUCCUUCUGGAUUAACAAAGAUGCAGUACCAGCCCGCACAUCUCUGGGUAUUACCACGGUGCUCACCAUGACGACCCUCAGCACUAUCUCCAGGAAGUCCCUGCCCAAGGUGUCGUAUGUGACGGCCAUGGACCUGUUCGUCUCCGUCUGCUUCAUCUUCACCUUCGCGGCCCUCAUGGAGUACGGCACGCUGCACUACUUCACCAGCAACCGCACCAAGAAGACCAAGGUCAGCAACGCACAGCACCACAAGUCCACCAGCCUGCUGAACAUCCGGCCAGGGACGUCCCUGCUGCACAUGAACCACAUCCUGCCGUACCACGAGGAGGACGACUACAUGUACGAGUGUCUGGACGGUAAAGAUUGCGCCAGCUUUUUCUGCUGCUUUGACGACUGCCGUUCCGGGGCCUGGCGGGAAAACAGAAUGCAUGUGCGGGUUUCCAAGAUCGACUCGUAUUCAAGAGUAUUUUUUCCCACAGCCUUCGGUCUUUUCAACCUGGUGUACUGGGUAGGAUAUCUGUAUCUGUAAAAUAAAAGAACGCAACAAAUAGGAUAAUUGCCAUGGACACCCUUAUAUAAAGUCAUAAUUUCUUUACUCUCUGCUGACGUGCUUCUUCAAAAGAUUUAAGAACAGGAAGAGAGAGAUGAAAUGCAGUAUCAUUGAGGUAUGCCGGUUGUCGAAAAACGUUAAAAAAUAAAUAUAUAUGAUUUCAUUGUUAUAUGGGUAAUCCCAUCCCAUUUUUGUCUUUUGCAUACCAAUAAAUUGUCUAAAAUGAAUUGAUUACUGCAUUAAAAUCUUAGACAAUUUACUUGUAAACUUAAAAAUCGAUCAUUAUUGUCUUCAGAAUCCCAGUCAAAAAUCUUAAAUGUCUUUUAAUCAAAAUCUUGAAUCCUUGAAAUGUCUAAUCAAGAUAGAUGCAGAAUCUGCAUCAUAAUGGUGUAUAUAUUUGGACAAAAACCCACUAUGUGUACAAUUUCAUCAGAUAAUACCUUUGCAGAAUAGCAGCUGUCUUAAUGGUGCAGUGUGUAUUUUUUUUUAUUGAAUAUAAUAAUCAGAAGGUUGUUUUAAUUAGUAUAUACUCCCUUGAAAUUAGAAUCAUUAUUUUUCUUAGUUUAUAAUGAGCCCUUAAUAUCUGCAUGGGGGCGGGGGGGGGUCCUAUUCCACAGAGCCGCCAUGUUGGUACAGUAUCCCAGAAGGGACAAACAGCCCUCGAGGGGACUCCUUGCAUUUAUUGUAAUCAUAAUGGUUACUUGUCUGCUAUGACCUAUAGUUUUACAGACUAAAUAACUCAGUACAAAUUAUAAAUCUUUCAAGGAACCUCACCCCUUGACACUUGGAUCCUCUAUGCUGUUUUAGACAAUGAAAUCAUUUUGAAUACCUACUGGUACCUUACAGGCCACCGUAGCUCCUCCUGGUCGAUGGAGAGGGAUGGAGCAGAGGGAGAUUCAGUUGGUUGCACUGCACCUCUUAGAAUGUAUCGAUACCAUCCAGCAGCAAUAACGAAACACAAAACAAAUGGCCAUUAAAUACAGCAGCAUGAAAGAACUGAACUUUUUGCCUCACAUUCAUCUGAAAUCAUAUUUCUUUCAAACUUUAGAGUAGGUAUAGUUAAAUAUAGUAUAGAUUAUACAGAUAUACAGACUGUAUAUUGCAUGAGGUAAUAGCAGCUCGAUUUACAGGUAGGUGUACAUGUACACACUGUUAGCAAAUGUCCAUGUGAAACUCAAGACGUUUUUUCUGUGUGCAAAAUGAAAAAAUAUGAACACGUAGCUGUAGAAAUGUGACCAGCAUGAUAAGACCUUUAGACCUCCAGAACGCGACUGCAGGCCUAUCCGCCUACUUUUUACAGAUGCCAAAGAUACUGAACCAUACGUUUAUGUCAAUAUUUGGGAUCAGAUCUGACUGUGUCAAAGCUAAAUGUGCAUAAAGAAUAGAGAAGAGCUAUGAAUCCCAAUCAAAGUUAUGUUAAGAAUCCAUACCCUCCUCCCCCGAGAAAUAAUAAAAAGUUUAACAGCCAGUGAAAUGUGCAACAUUCAUAAUUAUAUAUAUUGUAACUGUAAGUUGACAUGUUAUGGGAAAGCCCUGUACACAAUAUGAGAGCUAACAAUGCUGCCUUACUGUAGCAGUCUGCUACAGCCUGUUUUAAACCUACCUUUUCAUAUAGCAUUUUAUCACUGCAUAUUGCUCCUUCUACUUUCUUAUUCCAUUUAAUAUAUAAUGUUUCAAAGAAUUAGCAAUUAAGUGUGCUGCAUUAUAGUAUCUUAGCAGUCUAAUAUAUCCUUACAACUUUUUUGUGUGUUAAGGAAGAAAACAUGAUUUGCGUGAUACAUGCAUGUUUUGAUCCUUUUGUGAUGUGGUCGGCCAAUGAGUUCAUUCUUGCAUUUCAUAAGUUAGUCCAGCUGUAAUCAUUUCCCAAUUGUUUUGCUACAUAUUUUCCCCGCACAUGUAUUUAGUGGGGAUGGCAACAUGCUUGUUUACGGAUGCUUUAAUGAGGCUGUAUACUAAAAGCUACACUUCGCUGCAAAUAUGCAGCCUAAGGAGUUGGUUCCAGUUAUUCAAUAACAAAAAGGUGUUUCCUAAGGGAAGCACCCUUAUAGGGGUGGGAGUGGGCUACUAGUGUUGUCUUUUAUGUCCAAAGUAUUUUUGUAGCUUUUCCUGUGGUGCCCUGCAUUAUUCUGAAUGAAGACCGGCAGUGACUGUCCAAUAUCAAACCACUGAACUUAGUAACCUGCGUUAGAGUUGAGUGGGAGACAAAGUGAAUGUCAGCCUAAAUAGAUCAAACAAAGAUGGAUGUUUGGGCUGCAAAGAUGUGGUGAUGAUUGGUGGUGAAUUAUUGUGUUGUGUUGCCCUUUUAACAUGUUAAAUGUUGUUGUUGAGAGAUGUAGUAUGUUUUUUGCUGUAAAAAGUCAAACCCAAAACAAGGGAAUUAUAUAGAUAUUGGGUAGUGCUUUGUGUAGUCUACUGUCCUUAACUUGGAUUUUCUUUAACACUACACUUGUGACAUGGGAGAUAUUUUAACCUCUAUCCUUGGGUACUUCCCUCCAAGCUCCAAAAGUAAAUGUGAACAGUCUGGGCUGAGUCAUACUGCUGUAUAGUCGCAUACAUCUGGGUACAUCUUUCAGUGAGCACAGACUUGGUUCAAGUUCUCCAAUGGCUGUACUGCAUUGGGAAAGUAUAAGGUCAUUAAGAUAAUAAUCGUUCACUGUUCAGUGCUGCCUGUCUAUAUUCAGUGUACUGUUGCCCUCCUAGAUCCAUGUGUCACCGUGGUAUCUUCUGCUACAAAAAUAAACGUUGUUCAUGCAA